UUCCGUGCUAUCCAACAUGAUUCUUCGCAUAACCAAUUUCGUUUUUUGCAUUAUAAUCGCCGUGAUUCAAGGUUACGAGAUUUGUGAUCAUUUGGGAAUUUUACCGUAUGAAGAAAUUGGUUGUACUCCGACUUUGGGACCAACUGGUUGUCCAAAAUCUUUUGACUGCUCUCAUUACACCGUACCAAAUGAUGCUUGUAUCUUCAAGGGACAAAUUUAUCAAGAUAAUGAAAACGUAAAUGGUACAGCUCCUUGUAAUCCAGCUUGCAUUUGCAGCAUUGAUGAAACAUUUGGACCAAGUAUUAAUUGUGCAGUCUACGAUUGCAACUGGAAUGUAUUCGAGAAUUGUUACCAAACUUAUGAUUUGGAUUCCUGUUGUCCUUCUGGUCAAAAGU